CUACUUAAUAAGCGCUUACACCUGCAACGCUCACGGACACCUUACACCCCGCGAGAAACUUGCAAAACAACAAAAUCAAACGCAUGGCGCCGAGCGCGGCGCUGGGCCAGCGCUUGGCGUCGGGGCGAGAAUGCUCAACAUCAUAUGCAAUUCAACACUCGACAUGUAGCGGGCCGCGUGCAAGCGGUCGACCAGUGAACAGUGUUGCAGUGCACAAACAAUGCCCACGCCGGCUCGUGUCGCGGUCUGCCGGCUCCGAUGCAGCUGCUAUAUAUCCCCCCGGUGACGAUGGGCCUGAACCAGCUGGGAGAGCAAGCGGGUCUGAGCCAUCGGGACCAACCAAAGAGGGCCUCACCGCAAACGCGCAAGGGCCAGGCGUGAACAAGGGCGGACUACCCGACGUGCCUUGGGGUUUUGACAAAGUGUUCCAGGUCAUGGUGCUGUGGCUGCUGGCGUACGUCAUCAUCGGCCAGGUGGCGGUGCCGCUCGUGCUGAGCUGCCUGGGCGUUGACCGGCUCGAGUUGACCGUGCGCUCGCACGCAGUCCUGCACCUCUGCCUCGACAUCACGCAGCUGUUCGUGACGCUGGGCAUCCUGUGGUCCUGCCUGCGCGCCUACAAGCCGCGCUCGCGCGGCCUGUUCCCGGUCCGCUGGCGCGGGCUGUGGUGGGUGGCGGUGCUUCUGGGCUGCGCCACCUUCCCCUUCGUGGAUUGGCUGGCCCACCAGAGCAUGGGCUGGUUCCCCUCGGAGUGGGACGCUAACUGGGCCUCCAACCUGGAACACAGCCUCUCCAUUGGCGACUGGAUCACCAACGCCGCCUACUUUUCGGUGGUGUCGCUGUGCGCGCCCAUAUGGGAGGAGGCCAUCUUCCGCGGCUUCCUACUGACCUCGCUCGCGCGCUACAUGCCCACGCCCGGGGCGGUGGCGCUGUCCUCGGUGGUGUUCGCCAUGUGUCACUUCCGGCUGCAGACCUUCCUGCCGCUGCUUGUGUUGGGCGGCGUGUUCAGCGCCAUAUUCAUCCGCACGAACAACCUGCUGCCGCCCAUCCUGCUGCACAGCGCCUGGAACCUGUACGUGCUGGUUUCACUGGUGCUGCGGCCAGGGUAACGGCCGGAGCAGGAGGAGGAGGCGGCGAGAGCGGCGUCCAUUCCCGAAGCGUGGCACGUUGGCAGCUGCAUCAGCUGCAGCAGUGGCGAUGGGGCAUGACUCAAGCAUUCUGGGUGGCGCUGGAGCGUGGCACGUUGCUUGGGCGGAGGGAAGGCUGUGGAUUGGGGGCUGUGUACCGGCGGCAUGUGUGGCCAAGCGCGUGGGGGCGUGGGGAAGUGGGCCCAUAGAUGGUGGUGGUUGCAUUCACUAGCAAGCAUUCUGGUUGUGUCGUGGGGGCGUGGCGUGGCGGCGGCGGAGACAAGCAUUGCGCAGGGCUGGGGCAGGGGCCGUGCACCGGCCUGAAUGUCUGUUCAAGGGUGUCUGUUUGUAUGAACUUCUUGGUGGACUUGUUGAACCCUCGAAACGUGCCAGCGAGCGCUUGGUGGUGGUUGGGAUUACGCACGAGAGUCCGGUAGGUCACGUUUUUUGUGACUGUGCAGCAGUGACCACCCAUUUGCGCCUGCGUCUGCCUGACAUCACAGUACAGUGGCUGCGCGCUUCUGGUGUGAUGCGUAGGUGGAGGCAGGUGGACACUUGCAGGCUCUCCGCCUGCAUGUUGCUCAGUGAUGAUUGUGUUUAAAGUUGGAUGGCACGCAUUUCAUUUUGGUAGAUCUGGAUGUGGAAUUCAAGAGCCCGGCGUUACUUAUGAAUGCGGAUGUUACAGAGGGGACAGUCCCAGCACCCGUUCCUUAUGCCUUGUGAAGCACGGCGAAGCACGGGAGGACAGUGUAUUGGUAAGGGGUGCACUACGGACUGUACGACGGUGCCACAGGUGCUGUCCAUCGCCAGGCGUGACGCCUGUGACCCGUGGAGCGGGAUGAAAUGAAGCCGCAAACAGGAGCAGUGCAGGUUGCCCCCCACUUUGGGGAAUGAGGGCAAUGGUCCUAAUGGUCAUUCGUUACUCGUCAGCCCAGCACAGACAGGAACCCAGCAAUUGCUACGAGUCCAACAGCGCCACUCCAGGCCCACCGCAGGACGCGAGAGAAGCUAGUGCACUCUGAAAUUCUGCAGCAGUAACGCCCUUAUGUGUGGCCAUUUCGCUCUGUGAGGGAUCAGUGACGGGUGGCACGGACGGCGGCGUGCACUGGCGUGCCGCGCUGUCGCGCCUUCCAUGCUGAUAAACCCAGCCCCGACAUGCCCCCCCCCGAUAUUUCCGCAAGGCCCCGCAUCUAUAUCACCGUCAGCUUUAAGCCGGCGCUGUCACUGCAAGGAGCUGACACUGCACGUGCGGGCGCACCGCGAGGGGAGCUGACCUGGCACCAGCGCGAUAAACGUUUCUCCAGGUUGUCCAUGAAGCACGUAUGAUGCUCGAUACUAGUCAUUU